AUGGGUCUAGAUGGUUGCUCCGUGAGCGCCCCCUAUAGUGCAGCUCACCAAAAUCAUGAGUUGGAAGCUAAAGAGAAUAGUCUACGUGGCUUGCAGAAAGUGCUGACUCGGCCUAAGGUCGUAGACUUCAUAGCAACAAGUCUUAUACCUCGACCAGUUAAGGCUAAGUUACUUAUGGAUAUCGGUAAAGCAGCAACUGAGAAUGUUCGUCUGAAACAUUUGUGUCGUAUGAUAAACCUGUACCAUACUGUGAUGGUCGCCCACAGAAAUGAGGCUCUAUGUGAGGUGAUCACCGCUGAACCACUAGACAAUCGUACCAAGCGUGCACUAAGGGAUAUCUUGCAAAAGUUUAUUAAGUCUGGCAAAAAAAAUUUUGAAGAUAUCAUUGGUGGUAUUAUUGUCGGAUUUGAGAACAAACACGUCGAUCUCAGCAUCGCGAGGAGUCUGAAUGACUAUCGCGAAUCACUGCAACCUGUAUAA